AUGUCCGCACCGGUUCCAGUUUCUUUUAUGGGAAGACCAGGUGUUUCUUCAGCACCUUCGUAUGAUGCAAAAACACAAAUUUUGUCACAGCAAGAAGAGAGGGCAUUGACAGACAAAUCAAAGAAAUGGAAACAAUUACAAUCGAAACGUUUUGCAGAAAAGCGCAAAUUCGGAUUUGUCGACUCGCAAAAAGAGGAAAUGCCUCCAGAACAUGUUCGCAAAAUUGUUCGAGAUCACGGCGACAUGACUUCCCGCAAAUACCGCCAUGACAAACGUGUUUACCUUGGAGCGUUGAAAUAUAUGCCUCAUGCUGUUAUAAAACUCAUCGAAAAUAUGCCAAUGCCAUGGGAGCAAAUACGUGACAUCAAGGUUUUGUAUCAUAUUACUGGUGCAAUAACUUUUGUCAAUGAAAUUCCUCGUGUUAUUGAACCUGUGUUUAUUGCACAAUGGGGAACUAUGUGGAUAAUGAUGCGAAGAGAAAAACGUGAUCGACGACAUUUUAAGCGAAUGCGUUUUCCACCAUUUGACGAUGAAGAACCACCUCUUGAUUAUGCGGACAACAUUUUGGAUGUUGAACCUUUGGAGCCGAUUCAAAUGGAAUUGACUGAAGAAGAAGAAGGAUUGGUGAAGGAUUGGCUAUAUGAUCAUAAACCUUUGGCUAAAACAAGAUUUGUCAACGGAGAAUCUUAUCGAAAAUGGACUUUUACAAUUCCAAUGAUGUCUACACUUUAUCGUCUUGCAAAUCAACUUUUGACUGAUCUUCUGGAUGAAAAUUAUUUUUAUUUGUUUGACUUAAAAUCUUUUUUUACUGCAAAGGCUUUGAAUGUUGCAAUUCCUGGAGGACCUAAAUUUGAGCCUUUAAUAAGAGAUAUGACUUUUAAUGAUGAAGACUGGAACGAAUUCAACGACAUCAACAAAGUUAUUAUUCGCUCUCCAAUUCGUACAGAAUAUAGAAUUGCGUUUCCCUUUAUGUACAACAAUUUGAUUAGUGCAUUGCCGGUGACUGUUUGUUGGUAUCACACUCCGUCAGUAGUUUAUAUCAAAACUGAAGAUUAUGACCUUCCAGCUUUUUAUUUUGAUCCGCUUAUCAAUCCAAUUGCACAGAGACAUACUGAACGGAUGCCAGAACCUUUACCAGAAGACGACGAAGAAGAAUUUCAAUUACCUUAUGCAAUGGCAGCAAUGUUUAGCGAAUUUCCUCUUUACACCGAAAAUACAGCAAAUGGAAUGGCAUUAAUUUGGGCACCGAGACCAUUCAAUACGCGUUCUGGAGGCACUCGACGAAUAAUUGAUGUACCUUUAGUUAAAACUUGGUAUAAAGAACAUUGUCCUGCUGGAAUGCCUGUCAAAGUUCGAGUUUCUUAUCAAAAGUUGUUGAAAGUUUUUGUGCUAAACGCUUUAAAACAUCGUCCACCAAAGCCACAGAAAAAACGUUAUCUCUUCCGUUCUUUCAAAGCUACAAAAUUUUUCCAAUCAACAACACUUGACUGGGUUGAAGUUGGUUUACAAGUUCUUCGUCAAGGCUACAAUAUGUUAAACCUUUUGAUUCACCGAAAAAAUUUGAAUUAUCUUCACUUGGAUUAUAACUUUAAUUUAAAGCCUGUAAAAACCUUGACAACUAAAGAACGUAAAAAGUCUCGUUUCGGAAAUGCUUUUCACUUGUGUCGUGAAGUUUUACGUUUGGCAAAACUUGUUGUAGAUGCACACGUACAAUACAGGUUAAAUAAUGUGGAUGCUUAUCAACUUUCUGAUGGACUUCAGUAUAUUUUUGCUCAUGUUGGUCAACUAACUGGAAUGUAUCGUUAUAAAUAUAAAUUGAUGAGACAAGUUCGUAUGUGCAAAGAUUUGAAACAUUUGAUUUAUUAUCGAUUCAAUACUGGGCCUGUCGGCAAAGGACCAGGCUGUGGAUUUUGGGCUCCAGGCUGGAGAGUAUGGCUUUUUUUCUUAAGAGGAAUCACUCCACUUUUAGAACGUUGGUUAGGCAACUUGCUAUCACGUCAAUUCGAAGGGAGACAUUCUAAAGGUGUUGCAAAGACUGUUACAAAACAACGUGUUGAGUCACACUUUGAUCUUGAAUUGAGAGCUGCUGUUAUGCACGAUAUUUUGGACAUGAUGCCUGAAGGAAUCAAACAGAAUAAAGCUCGAGUAAUAUUGCAACAUUUGAGUGAAGCUUGGCGUUGUUGGAAAGCAAAUAUUCCUUGGAAAGUCCCAGGCUUGCCAACUCCUGUUGAAAACAUGAUUUUACGUUAUGUUAAAGCAAAAGCAGAUUGGUGGACAAAUUCAGCACACUACAAUCGUGAAAGAGUUCGUCGUGGAGCAACAGUGGAUAAAACUGUUUGUAAAAAGAAUUUGGGACGAUUAACUCGUCUUUAUUUGAAGUCUGAACAAGAACGUCAACACAAUUAUUUGAAAGACGGUCCAUAUGUUAGUGCUGAAGAAGCAGUUGCAAUUUAUACAACAACAGUUCACUGGCUUGAAUCUCGUCGUUUUUCACCAAUUCCAUUUCCACCACUCUCAUACAAACACGACACAAAACUUCUUAUUUUGGCAUUAGAACGUUUAAAAGAAGCAUAUUCAGUCAAGAAUCGUUUAAAUCAAAGUCAGAGAGAAGAGUUGGCAUUAAUCGAACAAGCUUAUGAUAAUCCACACGAAGCUCUUUCAAGAAUUAAACGUCAUAUGUUAACGAUGCGUUCAUUUAAAGAAGUUGGUAUUGAAUUUAUGGAUCUCUACAGCCAUUUGAUUCCUGUCUACGAUAUUGAACCGCUUGAAAAAGUCACAGAUGCUUAUUUGGAUCAAUAUGUUUGGUAUGAAGCUGAUAAACGACGACUAUUUCCAUCAUGGGUUAAACCUGCCGAUACUGAACCUGCUCCAUUAUUAGUCUAUAAAUGGUGCCAAGGAAUUAAUAAUCUUCAAGAUGUUUGGGAUACUGAUGAAGGAGAAUGUAAUGUUUUAUUAGAAGCUAGACUUGAGAAAAUGUAUGAAAAAAUGGACUUGACAUUAUUGAACAGAUUGCUCCGUUUAAUUGUUGAUCACAACAUUGCCGAUUAUAUGACAGCUAAAAACAACGUUACAGUGAACUACAAGGAUAUGAACCAUACAAACUCUUUUGGAAUCAUUCGAGGUCUACAAUUUGCAUCAUUUAUCGUUCAAUAUUAUGGACUUGUUUUGGAUCUGCUCAUUCUUGGACUUCGUCGUGCUAGUGAAAUUGCUGGACCACCACAAUGUCCAAACGAAUUUUUGUCAUUCGAAGAUGUCAUUGUUCAGUCAUGCCACCCAAUUCGUCUUUAUUGCCGUUAUAUUGACAAAGCUUGGAUCUUUUUCCGAUUUAACGCUGAUGAGACAAAAGAUUUAAUUCAACGUUACCUUUCUGAACAUCCAGAUCCAAACAAUGAAAAUAUUGUUGGAUAUAACAACAAAAAGUGCUGGCCUCGAGAUGCUCGUAUGCGUUUAAUGAAACAUGAUGUUAACCUUGGUCGUGCUGUAUUUUGGGAUAUUAAGAAUCGUCUUCCUCGUUCUCUUACAACUAUUGAAUGGGAAAAUUCAUUUGUUUCUGUUUACAGCAAGGAUAAUCCAAACUUGUUAUUCGAUAUGUCUGGGUUCGAGGCUAGAAUUCUUCCAAAAUGUCGAACUGCUUCUGAUGAUGUGACUGCGAAUAGAGACGGAAUUUGGAACUUGCAAAAUGAGAUUACAAAAGAACGAACUGCCCAAGCUUUUUUAAAAGUUGAUUCAGAAUCGAUGGAAAAGUUUCAUAAUCGUGUUCGACAAAUUCUUAUGUCUUCUGGUUCAACUACUUUUACUAAGAUUGUUAAUAAAUGGAACACUGCGCUUAUUGGUUUGAUGACUUACUACCGCGAGGCUGUUGUAAACACACAAGAAUUGUUGGAUCUUUUGGUAAAAUGUGAAAACAAAAUUCAAACUCGAAUUAAAAUUGGUCUAAACUCAAAAAUGCCUGCUCGUUUCCCUCCUGUCGUCUUUUAUACUCCUAAAGAAAUUGGCGGUCUUGGAAUGCUUUCUAUGGGACAUGUGUUAAUUCCUCAAUCAGAUUUACGUUGGAUGCGUCAAACUGAUGCUGGUGGUGUUACCCAUUUCAGAAGUGGAAUGACUCAUGAUGAAGAUCAAAUUAUUCCAAACUUGUAUCGCUACAUUCAGCCUUGGGAAGCGGAAUUUGUUGACUCACAACGUGUUUGGGCAGAAUACGCAUUGAAACGACAAGAAGCAAAUGCACAAAAUCGACGUCUUACUUUGGAGGAUUUGGAUGAUAGUUGGGAUAGAGGAAUUCCUCGAAUCAAUACACUUUUCCAAAAAGAUAGAAAUACACUUGCUUAUGACAAAGGAUGGAGAGUUCGAACAGAAUUUAAGGCUUAUCAAAUUUUGAAACAAAAUCCUUUUUGGUGGACACAUCAAAGACAUGAUGGAAAACUUUGGAACUUGAACAAUUAUAGAACUGAUAUGAUACAAGCAUUAGGAGGUGUUGAAGGAAUUCUUGAACAUACACUAUUUCGAGGCACUUAUUUCCCUACAUGGGAAGGACUUUUUUGGGAACGUGCGUCUGGUUUCGAGGAGUCGAUGAAAUUCAAAAAAUUAACAAAUGCCCAACGUUCUGGAUUAAAUCAAAUUCCAAAUCGUCGUUUUACACUUUGGUGGUCUCCUACAAUAAAUAGAGCAAACGUUUAUGUUGGUUUCCAAGUGCAACUGGACUUGACAGGAAUUUUUAUGCAUGGAAAAUUGCCAACGCUUAAAAUUUCUCUUAUUCAGAUCUUCCGUGCUCACUUGUGGCAAAAAAUUCACGAGUCUGUUGUUAUGGAUUUAUGUCAAGUUUUUGAUCUCGAACUUGAUCCUCUAGAAAUUCAAACAGUUCAAAAAGAAACUAUUCACCCUCGUAAAUCGUACAAGAUGAAUAGUUCUUGUGCUGAUAUUUUACUUUUUGCACAAUAUAAAUGGCAUAUUUCUCGUCCAUCUCUUUUGGCUGAUACUAAAGAUGUAAUGGAUAAUACAACAACACAAAAGUUUUGGCUUGAUGUUCAACUUCGUUGGGGUGAUUAUGAUUCUCACGAUAUUGAACGUUAUUCACGUGCUAAAUUCCUUGAUUAUACAACUGACAAUAUGUCUAUAUAUCCAUCGCCGAAUGGAAUUUUAAUUGCAAUUGAUUUGGCAUAUAAUUUAUACAGCGCUUAUGGAAAUUGGUUCCCAGGAAUGAAAGAAUUAAUUCGUCAAGCUAUGGCCAAAAUAAUUAAAGCAAAUCCUGCACUUUAUGUACUUCGUGAACGUAUUCGAAAAGGUCUUCAAUUAUACUCUUCUGAACCUACAGAGCCAUAUCUUACAUCACAAAAUUAUGGAGAACUUUUUAGCAAUCAAAUUAUUUGGUUUGUUGACGAUACAAAUGUAUAUCGUGUAACUAUUCACAAGACUUUUGAAGGCAACUUAACUACCAAACCGAUGAAUGGAGCCAUUUUUAUCUUUAAUCCUCGAACAGGACAGCUUUUCUUAAAAAUUAUUCAUACAAGUGUUUGGGCAGGUCAGAAACGUUUGAGCCAGUUGGCAAAAUGGAAAACUGCUGAAGAAGUUGCUGCAUUAAUUCGUUCAUUACCAGUUGAAGAACAACCUAGACAAAUUAUUGUAACACGUAAAGCUAUGCUUGAUCCCUUGGAAGUUCACUUGCUUGAUUUUCCAAAUAUAGUUAUUAAAGGAUCUGAAUUAAUGUUACCAUUCCAAGCUAUUAUGAGAAUUGAAAAGUUUGGUGAUCUGAUUCUAAAGGCAAAUGAACCUCAAAUGGUCUUAUUUAAUCUUUAUGAUGAUUGGCUUAAGACAAUUUCAAGUUAUACAGCAUUUUCUCGAGUUAUUUUAAUAAUGCGUGGAAUGCAUAUAAAUCCAGACAAGACCAAAGUUAUUUUAAAACCUGAUAGAACAACAGUAACAGAAUCUCAUCAUAUUUGGCCAACAUUAUCUGAUGAUGAAUGGAUUAAAGUUGAAUUAGCAUUAAAAGAUAUGAUAUUAAAUGAUUAUGGAAAGAAAAAUAAUGUGAAUGUUGGUUCAUUAACACAAUCAGAAGUUCGAGAUAUUAUUCUUGGAAUGGAAAUUAGUGCACCAUCACAACAAAGACAGCAAAUUGCUGAAAUUGAAAAACAAACAAAAGAACAAAGUCAAUUAACUGCUACAACAACAAAAUCUGUUAAUAAACAUGGUGAUGAAAUUAUUUCAGCAACUACAAGUAAUUAUGAAACACAAACAUUUUCUUCAAGAACUGAAUGGCGUGUUAGAGCUAUAAGCUCUACAAAUUUACAUUUACGAACUCAACAUAUUUAUGUCAACUCUGAUGAUGUUAAAGAUACUGGCUAUACAUAUAUUUUGCCCAAAAAUAUUCUUAAAAAAUUCAUAACAAUUUCUGAUUUACGAACACAAAUUGCUGGUUAUAUUUAUGGAAUUUCUCCACCAGAUAAUUCACAUGUAAAAGAAAUUCGUUGUAUUAUAUUACCACCACAAUGGGGAACACAUCAAGUUGUACAUUUACCAAAUCAACUUCCACAACAUGAAUUUUUGAAAGAUUUGGAACCUCUUGGAUGGAUGCAUACUCAACCAAAUGAAUUACCACAAUUAUCACCGCAAGAUGUUACAAUGCAUUCAAAAAUUAUUCAUCAAAAUCAAUGGGAUGGUGAAAGAAGUGUUAUUGUUACUUGUAGUUUUACACCUGGAUCAGUCUCUUUAACUGCUUAUCGUUUAACUCCGAGUGGUUAUGAAUGGGGACGUAAUAAUACUGAUAAAGGGAAUAAUCCAAAAGGUUAUUUGCCGUCACAUUAUGAAAAAGUACAAAUGCUUUUGUCUGAUCGUUUUCUUGGCUAUUUUAUGGUUCCGUCAUCUGCUGUUUGGAAUUAUAAUUUUAUGGGUGUUCGACACGAUUCAAAUAUGCAAUAUGAUGUUUGUUUAGCAGCCCCAAAAGAAUUUUAUCAUGAAGAUCAUCGACCUUUACAUUUUCACAAUUUCAAUGUUUUUGAAGACCCAUUGGGAGUUACAACUGCUGACAGAGAAGAUGUUUUUAUGGCGACAUAAAAAAAUGAUAUUUUGCAAACAAAAAUAUUUGUAGUAUUUUUUAAAAUUUGUUUUCGUUUUCAGACAGUAAACACACUUUUUCGUUAAACUUAAUUCAUUUAUUUUUGAAUAAUUUCCGUUUAAUGACGGUGAAUAUUUUUUAAGAAUUUUGCUAAUUUAAUUAUUUCUAUUUCAAAUAAUCUACAGGUCUUCUUUAGUGUUCUUUAUCGACAUGCUUCUUCAUGUUCAGGUUUUGGGGUUGUCUCUUUGGGGUUUCUUUGGGUGAGUUGUCCUUUGGGGAUUUUUUGGGUGAGAUAUCUCGUCGGUCAGUGC